CACUUUAUUUUGUAAGUGAAACACAGCUGGUAACAUAUUCGAGCCUGUAUGUCAUUAGAAAAAUCAGGGGUCUUCUAUAGGAAAAGAGCAGCUCUGCCAAGUCCCUUUGUCCUGACAUGCAGUGGUCUCAUGGGUUUUCAGCUGCAAGGACCUUCCAGCACCCAGCACGGUGGCUGGCAUGUAGCACUUAGCAGCGGCUGCACUGCCAGGAGCAAAGUCGGGCACCCCAGAAGGUUCCGGUUCCUAAUUGUAAAAAUGAAAAGUCGACCUUUCUUUGUCAGCGCCGCCCCGGGGCACAGAGAAGGUUCAGUGUUCUGCCGAAGCCUGACCCAGCCAAGAGGAAGAGGGGAGCUGUCCUGGGCCCAGAUUCAACCCCAGGGAGACUAUGAGGGCUGGAGAAAAGAGAGCGGAUCGCGGCAAUUCCUGUUCAGUGCCUGCCAUGUGCCAGGAAAAUUCACUUCUAUUGUCUCACGCCGUCUCCCUAACAGCUCCGACAACAGAAUUAUGGUCCCAUUUUCUCCGACGGGGAAAGCCAAGAUUCAGAGUGGCUCCAUGCCUUGGCCCAGGUCGCUCACGCCGGCUGGAAGCGGGUGGAGUGCAACCUUUCUCCAAGUCCGAGCCCUGUGGCCUGCCCCUCCUCCACCCGGGGAGGCACUGCGGCGCCUACUCCGUUUGCGUAGCAGCCGCGGUUCUCGGGGCGGGGGACAGAAUCCCGCAAAGAGGGCCUCGCGGAACCCGGGGAGCCCAGCUCGGCCACACGCAGGAGCCCCGAGGCGAUCUCACAGUCCCAAGUUACGAAGUUUCCGUGCCAUCCGCGGGUCUCCGCGCCGCGGCGGUUACGCCGUUGGCGCAGCGGGGCUCAGGUGCUGCGGCAGGCGGGGGCCCGGAGCCGGGAGCAAGGCGGGGACGCAGUUUACGUAAGCGUCCGCUCGCAGGUGCAUGCGGCCGCCGCCGGCGCGAGCGCCCUGCGCGCUCCCAGGUGCGCAGUUGGCGCAGGCGCAGGCGCAGGCUCGGCGCGGCGGGCGCUGGCUGGCGCUCUCAGGUGCGGCAGGGCGCGCGUGGAGGGGGCGCGCGGAGAGCCGGGGGGCGGGCUUUCCGUUCCCCCAGCAGCCGCGGGGCCCGCCCCCCGGCUCGGCCAAUGAGCGCGCUCGGCGGUGUCACGUGCUCGCCGCCGCCGCCGCCGAAGCCGAAGCGAAGACCGGAGCCGCGAGCGCCACCAGGGCAGCACCCGCCGCAGCCGCCGCCGCUGGGCUGAGGAGAACCGGGAGACGCGGGCGGACGAAGUGGCGGCGGCGGCGGAGCAGGAGCGGGCAGCCGGGCGCGGGCAGAGCGUGGCGGCGCGGGUGUAUUCCGGAUUUCAAAUGUUUUUGGUGUGUUGGCACUGAGUUGUCAAGGGACUCAGGCUUAUGAGGAGCUUCUGUCACACACAACAGUGUCUAGUGAAGACGACAAAGAGGGAAAAGGAUCCGAGGAAAAAGCCAAGAUACUGUAGAAAACCAUGAGAUCUAUUCGAUCUUUCGCCAAUGAUGAUCGCCAUGUUAUGGUGAAACAUUCAACAAUCUAUCCAUCUCCGGAAGAACUUGAAGCUGUGCAGAAUAUGGUGUCUACUGUUGAAUGUGCUCUUAAACAUGUCUCGGAUUGGCUGGAUGAAACAAAUAAAGGCACAAAAGUAGAGGGUGAGGCAGAAGUGAAGAAAGAUGAAUCUGUAGAAAACUAUUCCAAGGAUCAAGGUGGUCGGACGUUGUGUGGCGUAAUGAGGAUUGGCUUGGUCGCGAAAGGCUUGCUCAUUAAAGAUGAUAUGGACUUGGAGCUGGUUUUAAUGUGCAAAGAGAAACCCACAGAGACCCUGUUAAACACAGUCAAAGAGAAUCUUCCCAUUCAGAUUCAGAAACUCACAGAAGAGAAAUACGAAGUGGAACAAUGUGUGAAUGAGGCUUCUGUUAUAAUUCGGAACACAAAAGAGCCCACACUCACUUUGAAGGUGAUACUUACUUCCCCCCUCAUUAGGGAUGAAUGGGAGAAGAAGGAUGGAGAAAAUGUUGCAAUGAAAGAUCCUCCGGACUUACUGGACAGGCAGAAAUGCCUGAACGCCUUGGCGUCUCUCCGACAUGCCAAAUGGUUUCAGGCAAGGGCAAAUGGAUUAAAAUCAUGUGUAAUUGUUCUCCGCAUUCUCCGUGACUUGUGCAACAGAGUCCCCACGUGGGCACCAUUGAAAGGAUGGCCACUAGAGCUUAUAUGUGAAAAGUCUAUAGGUACUUGUAAUAGACCUUUGGGCGCUGGGGAGGCCUUGAGACGAGUAAUGGAGUGUUUGGCAUCUGGAAUACUACUUCCUGGGGGUCCUGGUCUUCAUGAUCCUUGUGAACGAGACCCCACAGAUGCUCUGAGCUACAUGACAGUCCAGCAAAAAGAAGAUAUUACCCACAGUGCACAGCAUGCACUCAGACUGUCAGCCUUUGGCCAGAUUUAUAAAGUGCUGGAAAUGGACCCCCUUCCAUCAAGUAAACCUUUUCAGAAGUAUAGCUGGUCAGUUACUGAUAAAGAAGGUGCUGGCUCUUCAGCUCUAAAGAGGCCUUUUGAAGAUGGAUUGGGGGAUGAUAAAGAUCCCAAUAAGAAGAUGAAACGAAACCUAAGGAAAAUUCUGGACAGUAAAGCAAUCGACCUUAUGAACGCACUGAUGAGGCUGAACCAGAUCAGGCCUGGGCUUCAGUACAAGCUUCUGUCUCAGUCAGGCCCUGUCCACGCUCCGGUCUUCACGAUGUCUGUAGAUGUGGAUGGCACAACGUACGAAGCGUCAGGGCCAUCCAAGAAGACAGCCAAGCUUCAUGUAGCAGUGAAGGUGUUACAGGCAAUGGGAUACCCAACAGGCUUUGAUGCAGACAUUGAAUGUAUGAGUUCUGAUGAAAAAUCAGAUAAUGAAAGUAAAAACGAAACAGUGUCUUCAAACUCAAGCAAUAAUACUGGAAAUUCUGCAACUGAAACCUCCAGUACCUUAGAGGUAAGAACUCAGGGCCCUAUCCUCACAGCAAGUGGCAAAAACCCCGUCAUGGAGCUCAAUGAGAAGAGAAGAGGGCUCAAAUAUGAGCUCAUCUCAGAGACCGGGGGGAGCCACGACAAGCGCUUUGUGAUGGAGGUGGAGGUCGAUGGACAGAAGUUCAGGGGUGCAGGUCCAAAUAAGAAAGUGGCGAAAGCAAGUGCAGCUUUGGCUGCCCUGGAGAAACUCUUCUCUGGGCCCAACGCAGCAAAUAGUAAGAAGAAGAAGAUUAUCCCCCAGGCAAAGGGGGCUGUGAAUACAGCCGUGUCCGCAGCAGUCCAAGCUGUUCGGGGCAGAGGACGAGGUGCUCUGACAAGGGGAGCUUUCGUUGGGGCGACUGCUGCUCCUGGCUACAUAGCUCCAGGCUAUGGAACACCAUAUGGUUACAGCACAGCUGCCCCCGCCUAUGGUUAAUACUUUUAAGCAGUUUUCAGCACGUUUAUCUCACUUUAUUCUCGUUCUCCUCGGACCUUCGUAGCCAUAUCACUUGUAUAAAAUAGGCUGAGAUAUAGUGACUGUAAGCUGUGAUCUCAGUAUACAAAGGUAAGCUCUUUUAUUUUCUGAUUAAAGAGAAAAAUAUUCAACACAACAUGCAUAUAUGACAAUCAUAUAUGAUGAAUUGGAUCUCUUAGGUCUUAUGUCAUCACAUUACCUUAAUAGAUUUUAUGAUCUAAAUGUAAAAUUAUUGUUUUCAGUUUUUGUUCUGCUGCCCCUGUAACUGCUUUUCAGUGAAGAGAGUCCUUUCAUUUCUGUGAAGUGUAUGUAUGUAUGUAUAUUUGUAUGUAUAGAAACUUAGGAUGCGACGUGUAUAUAAGUUACACUCAUGCACCUGUUUGCAUACAGGAAUGCAGUGGGAGGAUCAGUCCACCUCAGAUGGUUUUAAUGACAGGGCACUGGCCAGAGCACUGGCAUCUCCUAGGCGAGUAAGGUUCGUAACAGUGCUGCUGGUAACAGAUGUCCAUGAUCCACACGCACAGCAGUUGCCCAAGAGAGGAUCAAAGUGCCAAUUUCUCAAGGAGAGAAGCUUCUCUGAGAAAUGAACAUCUCUGUUCUGUGUUGUAUGCCCCAGUACAACAGCAAGAAGCCAUACCAAAAAAAAAGCAAUAGAAAAUGGCAAAAACCAAAAUCUUAAGGUAACUAUGGAAAAACGCGUAACUGACCAGGAUAAGCUGAUCAUCUGCAGAACCUACUUUCAUGAGACUCAGACUGGUGACUGCUGAGUCUGCAGAGACCAAACUGACUCCACGCAGCCCUGCUACCUUGCCGAGGCCCACAGCCAGGUUACCCCGUCUCAGCCGUGCUGAGCCCAGGUGCACAAGCAAGGGUGAGGCCCAGGCCCAGCACUGACAAAGACUAAUUCAUCCCAUGUACCCAUAGAUGCAUCCCCUUAUGUGUUAGCUGUCCUGCGCUGAGGCUGUGUAUCACAUGUGCAUGUGAGCACACACACACAGAUUAAAAUGAAUUUCAUGGAUUUA